UGGCCGCGAGCCUGUGGGUCGCCCUGUCGGCGGUGGCUCCAUUCCAAAUGGACAGGCCCGGGCCCAGCCCUUGGCUCGGCCUCCUUGGUGGCUGAGCAGGGACCGGCUCUCGCGGGAGCCGUGGCAGGUGACCCGGACCUCCUUCCGAGCCCAGAGGCGGGACAGCAAUGUCUGCUGUGGGGGCGGCAGCUCCAUACCUGCACCACCCCGGAGACAGUCACAGUGGCCGAGUGAGUUUUCUGGGGCCCCAGCCCCCUCUGGAGGUGGCAGCAAUGGCCCCGCUCCUGGGCGACUUGGACAGGGGCAUGUUCAGAAAGCUCUUGAAGCUGGUGGUGGGCAGCUUGCAGGGAGAGGACUGCUGUGAGGCUGUGCAGCACCUCAGGGCCGGCACGGACCUGCCAGAGCAGCGCCUGGGCAUCCUGCUGGCCGGCUUGCACGCUCUGCUCCGGCAAGCCCUCCGACUGCCCCCCACCAGUCUGACGCCGGACACCUUCAGGGACCAGCUCCAGGAACUCUGCAUCCCCCAGGAUUUGGUUGCGGACUUGACCAGCGUGCUGUUUGGGAGCCAGCGGCCCCUCCUUGACUCCAUGGCCAGGCAGCAGGCAGCCUGGCUGCCCCACAUGGCCGAGCUGCGGUGGCGGGUGGACGUGGCCAUCUCCACCAGCGCCCUGACACGCUCCCUGCAGCCCAGCGUCCUUAUGCAGCUGAGGCUGUCAGAUGGGUCAGCAUACCGCCUCGAGGUCCCCACAGCCAAGUUCCAGGAGCUGCGGUACAGCGUGGCCCUGGUGCUGAAGGAGAUGGCGGACCUGGAGAAGCGGUGUGAGCGCCGGCUGCAGGACUGACCGAGCUGCCCAUCCCACCCGUCCCUGGAGGUGCUCUGCAGCCUCUCGCGGGCCUGGCCCUCCGGCAAGAGGAUCUGGGGGUGGUCUUUUCUGCGUGGUUGGAAACAGCUGUGCAGCUCAGUCCUCUUUGAAAGUAAAGUAGCUGCAAGCACAUGUCUUCCUGGUGGGUGUUCCACCACCUGCGCUGUGGUCCUGCUGCUGGGGGAGGGCCCCGGGCAUGGGCCUGUGUGCCCCUCAGCUGGCCUUGGGCCUCGUGUUAGCUCUGUGACUCCUGCUUCCACGUGGACAUCUGGCCUCACAGAGCCAACAUGCCUGCAGGACGGGGGCCCUAGGGUAGCCGUGAGGGGUUGGUGGGUGACGCAGGAGCUGAAGCCGGGUUGGGGGGUGGGCUGUGGGGCCCUCAGUCCCAGGCUGUCACUCUAACUGGCUCAGGAUGGCUUUCUUGAGGACAUGGCACCUGAGCAGAGACUUGAAAGCGGAAAGCAGCAGAGUGGUGAGGGGACCUGAGGGGGACUCCAGGGAGCCAGUACGUUGUUAGGCCCAGUGGCUGCACUGCAUGAGGGGCGCAUGGAGGCCUGUGUGAUAAUCUGGGGUGAUGCUACAGGUGAGCAGCAACUGCAGGGUGUGAAGGGCUUGGCUCAGGUCUGGUUCUGAGUGAGGAGCAGACAGCAGGGUGGAGUCGGGGCACAGGAGGCUGUUGCCGGGACUCCCUCCUCUGCCCUAGGGUGGGGAUGUGGUCUCCAGCAGCGGCGCACCCCAGGCAGGGGCCUCAGGACCUGUUCUGCACACCCCGUGCCUUCAGGCUGUGUUCCUGGACCAAGUCCUCUCUCAGCCGUACUCCAGGACACACAUCUCAAAGAGGCAAACGUGCUUGAGCAGUGAUUUGGGUGCCCAGCUGGCAGCCGGCUGCGCCUGUGCAGGAGCCCCUGCCCACCCCAGCACCCCUUCACACCCCUGCUCCAUGCAGUGUGUGCUUGGUUUCCAGAAGGGCCCCCCCCAAGCUGUCUUAAGCCUGCCCCUGGCAGUGAAGGGCAGGGGAGGGGCGCAGCCCUGGGGCUCCCAGUGACUACAGGACAUUUGUCCCUUGUGGGGUCCACCGUGCCCCUCCCCCGAGGACAGGGCUGGGCUUGGGGCUGGAUGGCCUGCGCUGCCCCUGCCCACCUGGGUGGACAUGCUCAGGUCAGCUCAGGCCACACGGACCUCCCUGGGCGGUUAGCCUGUCUUGGAAGAUGUCCCCAUUUUGACGCAUACAAAAAACCCGAAAUAUGAUACCAAAAAAAUCCUAAGGAAUUCUGACCUGCACUAUCUGGCCACGCCUGGGGGCGCUGGGCACCCCAGGGCCCUUCAUGGAGGCCGCACCUUCACGGCCCCAUCACCUGAUUCAUGUUGGGCGUCAGGACCCAACAUGGCAACUCUGGGUGGGGGGCGCAGAUACUGAGAACUCCGCGGUCUGUGCUGUUGGUGGUUCACGCGUGUUGCCUCUGACGACUGCCCAGGAGAGCCCCGGCACCCACACGAGUACCUAGAGCCCUGGGCCGUGCGCCCCUUGCCGGCCUGGACCCCCUUCACUGGGAGAGCCUUGUGUGCUGACUUGGGUGUAGACCCGCCUCUGGCCAGGGUACAGCCUUGGAAGGCUCAUGGACCCUGAGCAGAGCAAACACACACAUUUAGGGUCCCCUCAGUGAAACCUGACCAGUGUGGCCAGAAAUGGAAACCUGGGAUCUGGGUGCAGGAGCCCUGGUGGCUAGGAUCACACCCAGUGGCAAGCAAGCCCCGGGCCACUCUGUUGGGGGCUGCGGCAGCGCGCGCCUAUCCAGGGUCAGGCGAUGUCGCUACGUGUCCUGCUGGUCCAGUGUUGCACUCAGCCCUGCAGGCCAGGUCUGAGGACAGUCAGUGGGCUCUGAGAGGCCCACGCCACCUCCGCUCCUGCACCACCCUGCCCGCCAGGUUUCCGCGGGGGCCCAGGGCUGUCGAGGUGUCUUCACUUGCUGGGAGAGUUAGUGGGGGGGGGCACUGGGCAUGUGGUCCUGGCCUUGCUUCUUCCCGAGCUGGUGCAGGGGCGUGCGGAUGGCAGGUUGGAGGCCGGGGUCUUGCUGUAGGGGUGGGCAGGCGCGCCUGACCUGGGAGGCCCCUCUGUGGCGCAGGCUGCUGGGAGGGGGGGCUCUUCCACCAAAGCCCAGAGUCAGCCGCUGAACCUUGUGGCGGCUCUGCCUGUGGCCACCCAGGGCAGGCCCCUCCUGGCCCAGCUCCCAAAGGGCAGAUGGCGGCGUCUGCACACGGGAACCACAGGCCCCAGAUAGUGCUGAUCCUGUCAGAAAUCAACGUGCAAUCUGAUCAGUGAGACGAAAGUGAUUUCAGUUCAAAAUGAUGGAUUUAAUUUAUUGUCUCCAAAAAGAAAUCCAAAGUAUGUCAAAAUCUACACUGAAAGGGUCCUGGAAAUUCUUGCGCAUACUGUUGUAUUUACUGAAGCCAAAAUUGGGAACUACAGCUUGAAAGUGGCGCAGAAUUUCCCCACCCCAUCACAGCCACAGCUGCUGGACCUCAGGGCCCAAGGCCGGGAGUGUGGCGCCCCCUCCAGCCGCAGGGCCGCCGGUCAGCUCUCUGGGCUUCGGCUGCCCUGGGACACAGGUAAAGCGACCGCCGCUGAACCGAGAGGAUCAGGGGGAGGGAAGGGCCCAGGCCCCGCGGGCAGCCCGAGGCGCCAGUGUCCGAACCCCGCUGGCUCUUGGAGGUGAGGCUUCCAGGGUCUCCCAUGUCACUGGCGGUCUUCUGUGCCCCAAGUGCUAGCGGUUACUCUGAGCUCUUCCACCUGUCGACAGACUGAGCUACUUCAACAGGGAGAUUUAUUUGGGCAAACGUCAACCUCAGUAACUGGGCAGCGUCCGGUCACAAGGGUCAGGAGUGCUCUGUGGACAGGUGCUGGGAAGCGAGGUGAGGAUGUGGCCAGCUGCGGCUGGGCACUUGCCUCACCUGGGGAGGCCUUGCUGGCUGUGGCUUUUGUUCUCAGGUGUAAAUGCUGCCUCAGCGGUUGGCUGUGUAGCUAACGAGGCGCCGGGGCUGGGCGGCCACCCUGGGCCACAUGUAGCACCUCACCUGUUCAAAGGGGAAAGGGGAGCCGUAGGUCCAGGGCAGCAGCACAUCACCCCUCCCUUUGGCCCUGCCCGUCACCGGGGCGCUCGGCUCCCCCAGGGAUGGCACGGUGACCUCACAGUGUCCUCCGCAGAGGCUGGGGGCGGUGGCCCUCAGUGCUCAGCAGCCUCAGCGGCCAGCGGAGCGGAGCG